UGUUCCUCCUCUCUCCUCCUCUCCUCUGCCCGUCUUCUGUUCCUCCUCUCCUCCUCCUCUCCUCUACCCGUCUUCUGUUCCUCCUCUCCUACUCCUUCCCUCUGCCCAUCCUGGAGAUCACCAAGACGUUAGUUAGGUUAGGCUGUCCUUGCCUAAGAAAGACAGAUGUACAAACACACUAGACUGCAGCAGGACCUGUCAUCAUGGUCAACCACUGUGCCUUACACUAUGUCAUUACUUUAAUCUCUCAGAUCAAUGUCAUUUAAAUGUUUACUUUUAAAGUUCCCUAUUAAUAUCUUAGAAAUUGACAUUUUUGAUGGGUGAGUUUGGUUAGGAGAUAUGUAAAGAUAUACAUUUGAAUAUAACUAUGGAUAAUGUUCAACCCUUAUGGUUGUGUAUAAACAGUUAGUGGGGUUUUUUAUAGUGCCAUUUUGUGGUGUUUGAAGAAUAUGCCAGAUCUCUCUUUCUACAUAUCCUGAAUGACCGAAGGUAUUAGAAGGUAUUAGACAACAUAUUUAGACUGAGGAGACAUGCAAAGAAUGUAUCAUUGAUUGAUACAUACUUGUCAUUCCUCCCAUGUCGUGCUUUUAUUCGUGUUAUCAAGGGUGUUUUCCAAUAUAGAAGAAGAUUGGUUGUAAAUGUUCAUGUUUGAGGUACUACAAACUAUUUUUUAUAAAUCCAUACAUUGGUCUCCUCUUGUCUUAAAUAUGUAAAUGAUUUGAAAAUUACUUCUAAAGAGUUCAUGUGUGAGAUAUAGAGGUUGAAUGAUAUGGCAAUGUGUGUGUGUGUGUGUGUGUAUUUAUGUAUGCUAGAUAGUAUGCAUCCUUGUGCAUGCAUGUGUGCGUACCUGCGUUUGUUUGUGUGUCAAUUGCAUUCUGUGUGUGUGUGUGUGUGUGUGUGUGUGUGUGUGUGUGUGUGUGUGUGUGUGUGUGUGUGUGUGUGUGUGUGUGUGUGUGUGUGUGUGUGUGUUUUAGCGCCAGCGAACCAGGGGUGUUUAAAACUGCACCCAGGUGUUUAAAGAGAGCAGGACUCGUAAAUCCAUAGAGUCAUCCUGGGUUACACCUAUAUGACAGAGAGAGAGAGAGAGACGGGGAGAGAGAGAGAGUGAGGGGGACGGGGAGAGAGAGUGAGGGGGACGGGGAGGGAGAGAGAGAGAGAGGAGAAACAGAGCAAGAGAGAGGUAAAGGGGACAAAGAGGAAGAAGGAAAGGGGUCAGAGGACAGAGAGAAGGAAAGAGAAUAGAGGACAGCAGUUGAAGGAAAGAAGAAGACGGACACAACAAAACGCCUAUGAAAAGCUCUGGAAUUAAACACUAGAAGGGGCCCCAGUUACUCUAUUGGAACACCCCAACAUUGACCUUUUGAGAGGUACCAACAAUGACCAUCCACCGUGCCAGCUGAGAACACAAGACAACCCAACCUCUGGAUACAUUCUGAGAGCUUCUGAAUCACCACAAACUGACCAACGACAACACACUGUCAACUCAGGACAUCAAGCUACUCCCAAGUCACCGGUGCGGUUCAAGUCCACUAGAAACUGAAGCGUCUGUCUGUUCUUCUGUAUCGCCUGGGCUUCGUCCGGUACCCGCGGGAAGGAAAGGAUCAUGGGAGCUUGGAGGAGCUGGAGCGGGGACGUGGAAACAUCGGGAGAUAAGAGACACUCGAUGAGGUGGACUUGUCAGCCAUGUCCUGGUUCACCUUAAAGCUGCAGGUUAACAGUCGUAGUGGAACUGAAGCCACUGUUGAAGCAUCACUACACACGGCCUGUUUUCCUAUUGGAUUUAGAUUCAAUUUAGAUAAAGAGUCAGAAGGCCAAAGACGAUUUAUGUGUUUUCAAGUCAAAUGUUACUUGUCACAUACACAGUUUCAAUGCAGAACAGUUGUUGUUUUUGUCUGGUUCUGUCUGUUUUUCACUGGAUCUUAUGCAGUGCUGAAAGUCGCCUCACAUUCUUAAUGAUUCUCUAUUCACUCCAACAUGGAGCACUUUAAAAUCUGUUUGGAAUCCAUAAGCAACUCUUUCAAAUCUGUUUGGAAUCCAUAAGCAACUCUUUCAAAUCUGUUUGGAAUCCAUAAGCAACUCUUUCAAAUCUGUUUGGAAUCCAUAAGCAACUCUUUAAAAUCCGCUUGGAAUCCAUAAGCAACUCUUUAAAAUCUGUUUGGAAUCCAUAAGCAACUCUUUAAAAUCUGUUUGGAAUCCAUAAGCAACUCUUUAAAAUCUGUUUGGAAUCCAUAAGCAACUCUUUCAAAUCUGUUUGGAAUCCAUAAGCAACUCUUUAAAAUCUGUUUGGAAUCCAUAAGCAACUCUUUAAAAUCUGUUUGGAAUCCAUAAGCAACUCUUUCAAAUCUGUUUGGAAUCCAUAAGCAACUCUUUAAAAUCUGUUUGGAAUCCAUAAGCAACUCUUUCAAAUCUGUUUGGAAUCCAUAAGCAACUCUUUCAAAUCUGUUUGGAAUCCAUAAGCAACUCUUUCAAAUCUGUUUGGAAUCCAUAAGCAACUCUUUAAAAUCUUUCUGAAUACUAAUAGUAAUAACAGUUUAUCCCAGUAAAGUGAUCACUUCAUUGUAGGGACGUGCUGGCCCUACAAUUUAUGAACUCAAACCUUUCCCCAACGAUGAACCAGAGCCAGACACCCAUCGUGACCUCCAUCUCCCCCCAGCAUGGUUCUGGGGGCUCGGGCGGUGUCUCUGGAGGGGGUAGCUCCGGGGGUGGGGGUUUGUGGGUGACCUCUCUCCUCGGCACUACCCUCCUAAUCAUGCUCGCCAUGGGGGUGGCGGGUAACAUCUACACCCUCUUCAUCAUGCGUUCCGCGACUCUCCGCCGAUCCGGCUCUAUGUACGUCUAUAUACUCAACCUUGCCCUCGCCGACCUCCUCUACCUCUCUACGAUCCCAUUCGUCAUCUGCACCUACUUUGCUCACGAUUGGUUGUUCGGCGAGGCCGGUUGCCGGGUCCUCCUGAGUCUCGAUCUCCUCACCAUGCACGCCAGUGUCUUCGUCCUGGUCGCCAUGUCGUUGGAGCGCUACCGGGCCGUGGCGAAGCCGUUUGACGCCCGGCGAUCCAGCACGCGGGGACGGAAGGUAGUGGCGGCCGUCAUCUGGUUCGCGGCGUUUGUCCUGACACUACCCAUGAUGAUUAUGAUACGGCUGAGGGAAGGGAAGUCGAACGCGGCCGGGAACGUCAAGCGGAUCUGUUACCCGACGUGGACCCACGAGGCCUUCAAGGCCUACCUCACCGUCCUGUUUCUAACCAGCGUCCUCGUACCCGGUUUAGUCAUUGUUGGUCUCUACGCUGGCCUAGCACGUCACUAUUGGACCGCUCAGGCUAGCUUGGGACGAAGCAGCCGUUCAGCGAGAAGACGAGGCUUAAAACAAAAGGUAGUAACAAUGAUUUUUUGUAUCAUUGUAGCGUACUGGGUGUGUUUCCUGCCUUUCUGGGGGUGGCAGUUGGCACAGUUAUUUUCCCCGCUGUCCCUCAGGGCUCUGUCUCCUGCCACUCACAGUUACAUGAAUUUCUUUGUAACGUGUCUGACCUAUGGGAAUAGCUGCAUUAACCCUCUGUUGUACACCCUCCUGACCCGGAACUAUAAGGACUAUCUGGCUCAGAAGGGUCAGAGCACAGGGUCAAGUAGGGGAGACCCGGCAGCCGGAGCACCCCUACAGGAUCUGUAAUCAGAGUAGAGGUGACCUGGGGUCAGCUCCUGAAGAACCCCUACAGGAUCUAUAGGAGAAGAGGGGGGAAGUAUUUUGACGUGACACAAGUAGGAACUAUUAUACUUGACUUAAAUCCUUUUUAUCCUGGGGAUGAUAGGUCAUCCAUGCAGGAACUAUAAAAGAGGGGGAGUUAUUCUGACAAGAGCACUAUUACCAAAGCAUUUCUGAUACAGCAUUUUUAUCUUUUCACUCUGAGGAGUACCUUGGAUUUGUUGAAAACAUGAGGACAUUUCUUUAUAGCUGUUGGGGCAAGAGCAGCCUCCAAAACAAACUAAUCGUUAGUUGAGUAGUUAGUGCAGCAUAAACUUGACCUAACAACAUGGCUUACUCUAAACUCAGUAGUUUUUGUAUUUUUACAUCAUCUGAAUAUUAUUGGUAUAUACAGUGCCUUGCGAAAGUAUUCGGCCCCCUUGAACUUUGCGACCUUUUGCCACAUUUCAGGCUUCAAACAU